AUGAGAGGAGAGGAGGGAAGGUGGUCUGGCGACGCAAUAAGAAUCCCAGGCCUGGGCCACUUGGGCCAGGGUCGGGUAGCGUCACCUCAGGGUCAGGGUGGACGAGCAGAUCGUCCUCCCGUCGGGUUCAGGUUGUAUUCGCAGUCGCGUCAGCAGCAGCAGCAGCAACAACAACCUGCCAGUGCCACCAACAAGCAAGCAAGCAUGGCAAUGGGAUACCUUUACCGCGCCUGCACCUACCCCCAAGCCACAACUUGGAUGAUACCAGCUUGGUAUGCCGACCUCUAG